AUGUGGUCAUCAUUAUCAAAAAAGUCAAGUCGAAACUUCAAUUCAUUCAACAUACUUGGGUUACCCAAGAUGCGGGUUUUAUCAUCUAGCCGUAGACCUGCCCAUUCACAUGUGACUCAAAAGCAGACAUCCUGGUCUUUUAACUCGCAUUCUGCUAAGAAAAUAUGUAAAUGGAAUACGGACAUCGCAAGACUGAAUCAUAAAGUUGCCUUAACAAUGAGAGGCGACGCUAGAUGA